AUGGGCUUUGUACCCAGGUCUGUGGGCCGCGCAUCGGCCCAGGAAUUGCAGAUCUGCCGGUUGCAGACCGUGUCCCCAGAGGAACCGGCACACAGCCCCACAAGUGGAGACUCAGUAAACCUAAGCAUCCAGCCUCAUUCCUUUCUCACUAUUUCUGUCUUUCUGUUUCUUCCUUUAGGGGAAAAGUGUAAAUAUGAUCCCUCCUUUCGUGGCCCUAUCAAGAACAGGAGCUGUACUGAUAUCAUUUGCUGCGUCCUCUUCAUGGCCUUCCUUGCUGGCUACAUCAUAGUAGGAAUUCUGGCCUGGCUGUACGGAGAUCCUCGUCAGGUGAUUUACCCCAGGAAUUCAACCGGUGCCUAUUGCGGAGUCGGCGACAACCGCAACAAGCCUUUCGUUCUCUACUUCAACAUGAUAAACUGCAUCACCUCUCUAAAUGUCAUGGCUGCCGCAAUGAAUGGCUUACAGUGCCCUACGCCACAGAUCUGUGUCUCAUCCUGCCCUGCCAAUUUCUCUGUGGUCCUUCCCACCCACUACAUUCCGGGCACGAAGCCUUCAACUGUGUGGAAACAGCAGUGGUGCCAGCCUAGCAUUAACCUGACCACGACCCAUCUGACUGUGUCAGAAAUAGUCAACAGACAACUUUGUCCUGAAUUCCUGGUCCCAUCCACAGCAGUCUUCAAUCGCUGCUUCCCUUCUUUAAAUAUCUCUCAGAACAAUUCUAACAACAACCUGACGAAUGAAACCCUGGAUAAAAUCACUGCUGGUUCAAACCAGAUAGUUGAGGCUCUCAAUGCCAAGAAUAUUGGGCUGAAGAUCUUUGAGGAUUUCGCGCGGACGUGGUACUGGAUCCUGAUAGUGCUGGCAAUUGCCAUGGUACUGAGCCUUCUGUUUCUCCUGCUGCUGCGUUUUACUGCUGGAUUUCUGGUAUGGAUUCUCAUCUUUGGUGUGCUGGUCAUCAUUGCUUAUGGAAUCUACCACUGCACCAAGGAGUACCUCAACUACGAUUCUAAGGGUGCCACCAUCAAAGACGUUGGUUUUACCAUGAACCUCACUGUGUAUGGCCACGUCAAGGAGACCUGGCUUGCUGUUUUGAUAAUCCUCUGUGUGGUGGAGGCCAUCUUGCUGCUCACCCUCUUGUUCCUCCGCAACCGGAUCCGUAUUGCCAUUGCACUCAUCAGAGAAGCCAGCCGAGCCAUUGGGUACAUGAUGGGUACUCUCCUUUACCCGCUGGUGACCUUUGUCCUGCUGCUGAUAUGUGUGGCCUAUUGGGCUAUGACCGCCCUAUAUCUGGCCACCUCUGGAAGCCCCCUCUACCGCAUCACCCCUGUGAAUGAUAGCACUCCUGGCUGCUCGGGAAUCUCUGGUAAUGAGAGCUGCAACCCGCUGACCUUCAAUGCCUCCUCCUACUCCUCUUGCACCGUGAACUGCAUCUUCUACAAGUACAGGGAUGAAGGGCUGUUCCAGCGCAACCUCUUCAACCUGCAAGUCUACAACGUCUUGGGCUUCCUGUGGUGCAUCAACUUUGUCCUGGCCCUGGGGCAGUGCGUGCUGGCCGGCGCUUUUGCCUCUUACUACUGGGCCUUCGCCAAGCCCCGAGACAUCCCCGACUGUCCGGUGACGAGCUCUUUCAUCCGGACAUUACGGUACCACGCCGGGUCUCUCGCUUUCGGCGCCCUCAUCCUCACCAUCGUCCAGGCCAUCCGCAUUCUGCUAGAAUAUCUGGACCACAAGUUGAAAGACCUCAAGAAUCCAGUUGCCCGGUGUAUUUUUUGUUGUCUGAAGUGCUGCUUCUGGUGUCUGGAGAAGUUCCUCAAGUUUCUCAACAGAAAUGCCUAUAUAAUGAUUGCUAUUUAUGGAAAGAACUUCUGCAUAUCAGCUAAAAAUGCCUUCAAGCUCCUGAUGCGGAACGUGACCAGGGUGGUGGUUCUGGAUAAAAUAACUGACCUGAUGCUGUUUUUUGGGACCCUCUUGGUGGUCGGCGGAGUUGGCGUUCUGUCGUUCUUCUUGUUCACUGGGCGAAUCUCGAUCGGGGACUCUCGGACCCAGUCUGCUCAACUCAAUUACUACUGGCUGCCCAUCCUGACUGUGGUGGUUGGUGCCUACAUCAUUGCCCAAGGCUUCUUCAGCGUCUACAGCAUGUGUGUCGACACUUUGUUCCUCUGUUUCCUGGAAGACCUGGAACGAAACGACGGCUCCCUGGAGAAGCCGUAUUACAUGUCCAAGUCCCUCAUGAAGCUCCUCAGCAAGAAGAACAAGAAACCCAAGGAGGACGCGCAGAAAUAA